UUAUUGCACUAGUUGUGUGCUAUUUUGUGUGAAAAUCAUUAGAAACUAUCGAGUAGUUGGUGAUCUGUUCGGAUCUUGUGGAGAAAUUAAAACAUUCUCGGAAAAAAACGGAGAAUCUUGUCUGAAAAAUGUCUGAUCAGCCUGAUCUGUCGAUACUGGCGUUAUUUGAUGACCUCACGCGAUGUACUUCCGUUCUGACCGAUGGGGCGUCGGAUGAGGUGUUUCUGGCCUUCCUGAAGUCCUAUCGGGACAUCAAGAAAGCCUUCUGUCACGGCACAGAAGAGAUUCAGCGCUUGCGACAAGAGUUGGACGAAGCCCUCAACACAAUUUCUGACCUGGAAACCAAGCUGAAUAAUGCUCGGCGUCUGCACGACUUGGAGAGCCGGAUGCGGAAGAAGGCGGAGAAUGAGCGCGACGAUUUGGAGCGAAAGAUGCGAAUUUGCCGGGAUCUUCUCUGGAAAGACGGCGAGGCUCGCGAUGAUGAGACUCGCAGCAAGCUCGCCUUUCUCAACUCGCCCCGUCGACAGAGGUCUUUCUUCGGAGAGCACACAAUCGACGAGGAGGAAGUGAGGCGCGUUGGCUACGGGAACACCACUGGAUCCCUCCUGUCGGACUUGUCCGUGACGGUGUCGGAGGAGGACUUUCUGGAGCCGCAGAGGGCCCAGAAGAGGUCAAAGUCGCGUCGGUCGGAAGCAAAUGCGUCGCUCGGAAAGCGCUUCCGCCUCAGCUCAGACGCCAGGCGUCGCAGCUCGCAUCGCGCUAUGGAAAUCGAUUCCACGGAUAAGAUUGUUGCUUCCACGAAGGUCACCGUGCCCCAAAGUGGUGAUGGUCCUAUCGUGGCGGAGUCCGUAAUUGAGGCGAGACCUUCGAAUGACGCACAGGAGAAGCAAGAGCCCGAGGAAAUAUUCUUCACGCCGAAGACGGGGAAGUCUCCAAAGCGACGGGUGAAGCCGACGGCUCCGAGCGCUCCGCCAAUGGAGGAUCUCACUUCGUUGGAUGAUGUGGGCAGCGGAGGUGGGCGCAAGGAUCGCGAGGAGGUGGUCUACGCUACCGUUCACAAGCCAGCCACGCCGUCGAGUGUUCAGCGUCAGCACAACUAUUGCACAAAGACGGUCAUUGUCAACGAAACAUGCGCUCACUGUGGCAAGAAGAUCCACUUCGCCUCGCUGGCGUACAAAUGCAAGGACUGCCGCGUGUUCAUCCACGCGUCCUGCAGCAAGGACUACGUCAUGUGCUGCGUGGCACCGCCGGCGGGAGGAUCGGGCGUGCGUGACGGCAAGCGCACCAUCGCCAACUAUGCCUCUGUGCAGGGGCCCAUGGUGCCCGCUCUCAUCGUGCACUGCGUGAGCGAGAUCGAGAGGCGCGGUCUGACCGAGGUGGGCAUCUACAGAAUCUCCGGAUCGGACAAGGAGGUGAAGGCGCUCAAGGAGAAGUUCAUGCGCGGCAAGGGAGUGCCCCAGAUCAAUAAUGUGGACGUCCACGUCUUGUGCAGCACCAUCAAGGACUUCCUGCGCUCACUGCCAGAGCCUCUGAUCCCGCGAUCGCAGUGGAAUGAGUUCUCCAAUGCUAUUCAGAGUGCCGGCCGAGAAGCGGUGCACGCGAAGAUCUUCGAGGCGAUUGAGCGAAUGCCACAGGCCAACAGGGAUACACUUGCCUUCCUCAUUCAGCACUUCCAGCGUGUCGCUCAGGUGUCCGAGGUGAAGAUGCCAAUCGGCAACCUUGCCAAGGUUUUCGCGCCUACAAUCAUGGGAGACUCGGAUCUCAACAACUACCACGCUUACCUCGCCGUGAUCAACAUCCAAGUGAACGUGAUGGAGACUCUGCUGUCCAUUCCCACAGAGUACUGGAUGCGAUUCGUCAUGUACGACUCCUCGGCCGAUGAGUUGCCCAAGAAGACGCCCUCGAAGUACGCCGUGUCGCCCGUGCGCAAGCCGCGCAAGGAGAAGUAUUAUGAUACACCGCCUUAUGGUCCCAAGAAAAAGUAACAUGUGCGCGU